UCUUCUCUAGCCCUAUUUGCUGCAUUUACAGGAUUCAAAGCUCUUCAGCAUAUUCCAGUUGUAGGCUGCAUAAAUAAAUAUAAGGGUAAAAACUUUGGGCAGUUUGGACCACUGCCAGCUUGCCUGGGUAACUGGACUUUUUGUGGAGCUGGAAGGGUGUUUUUUAAAAGGAGGGGAAGAGAAAAAGCACAGCCUAAGAAUCUUGGCUCAGCCUGAACGUAUUUCCUCCUAGCUCUGGCUAAACAUCAACACGAACGGCAGGACGGACAGAGGAGUCUAUGUAAAGCCGGAGAGGGAGCCUGCCGUGCUCUCCACCAGGACUACGACAGAGUGCGGAGGCUUUGAAACCAUGCUUUUCAUCUGGGCGCUGGCGUUUAUUGUAGUCCUGCAGGAGCAGGAUCUUUUAGCUGCUGCAGAACCUGUCAAUGUGUUACCUGGAACUUUGGGAAGAGGAAGCUGGUGUCACGAACAUGAUACAAUCCAUGAACGCUUGGAUAUUAUUGAAGAGAAGGUAAUAAAAACAGUGGAGCAUCUAGAAUCAGAAGUCAAGUCACUCCUCAAUAUCAUCAGUGAGACCGCAUCAAAUAUCCCCAUUGCUCCAGGAACCCCACUUAUGGAUAUUUUUGAUGCACACCUACAGUAAGUACCCCUCAGAUGGAAGUUGCAUUAACUGCCAACUGCUCCAAGAAUUGCAGAGCUGUAGCACCUUCCUUCUAUGGUUUGAUGAAUCAAACUGAGAAUUCCUCACUGUAAAGUAACACGCAUCAUAUUUUCAAUGAUGUUUGCCUCGAAAGAUUGAUCCUG